GUUCGCCGAAAUCCUCCUCGAAAUUGGGCUGUUUUGCGAGAAGCUCGUCGCCCGUUAUCGUGGACACCGACUUAGAGGGAGCAGAGGUGGAGUGAGUGGUGACAUGCUCAGAGGAGUCAGGAACAGCCGCCGCGUGGGAUUCUACCGUCGGCGCAACCGGAGGGCUCGAGUUCGUGGCUGGUUUUGGUUUUUCAUCUGCCUCCGGGGCGACAGGUGCAACAGGGUCUGAUGCGGGUGCGGGUGCGGGUGCGGGUGCGUGUGCUGGGUCAGAAAUGGGAACGGUCGUCUUGCCAGUAUCAGGCUUGUAUCCGAUCAGGCCCUCCAAGGCUGAACCAUCCCAGCGAUGGACCCGGGUGAGAUGGUAGACCGUGACCACUGCCAGCAGGGCCACGAUCAGAAACAGUCGAUAACGCCGCAUGCGGAACAUGUUGGUCAAUGUCGGUAUCAAGUGUGUCAGCAGCCUCAACAAUCCGACGGUGCUGAUCGCGUGUCAGCCUGCUGCAUCUGGCUGAAGAAAAUGUGGAGGAUUCGGAGACGGUGGUCCGGGGCAAUGCUACAACUAGUACUGUAACGACAGCCAGCGUCGACGCACACCAGAACAAGAAGCUGGUCGCACCACAAAGUAGGAACCGCGGAGAAACAAGGAGUAGCCCCAGAAGAUUGGGCAAUGUGCUAUUCGACAAGAUGUUCGGUCAGGCAAGAUGGCAACAACUCGCACUGCAUUGGUUGUCCUCAGUAGUCCUACUACUAGGAGCAAGAGGCACGGCACAGAUCAGUACAGGGAGUGCUGUGGCAGUGGCAGUAGCACUGGGUCGCCGCCGCUGCGGGCCGCCAUUCGUUACGUGGGAGCAACUCAACAGGCCUCCCUAGCCCCCCUCGGCCGGCCGCCGCCACUGGCAGGGAACUUAACUCCAGGUUACACUCCGGCCUUGGCAUGUUUGUCCGCCCGCUCGGCUUGGGGGCCAUUCCGCAAAAGACCUACUAUGACCUUCAGUAAUUCGGUACAACUUGAAUGUGUUGUGUAUUACUGUGUCUAGAAUGAUUAUCUUACUCAUUAGCGCGUUAUAGUGGCCGCUGAUCGGCCGUAAAGGCAAGAUUUAGGCCUACAGCC